CGCGUCUCGCUCACACCGACCGCGUCGCGUCGCGCUUCUGAGGUGCACUCGCUGUUCCUAUUAUUUUCGUGACGGGUAUUGCGCCGAAGCCGAUUCCCGCAUCCUCGCCCCGAGACGUGAAGUCCGGUCUCGCGGUGGAGGCGGCGGUGGCGGCCGUUCGCAUCGUACGUUAGUCCACGCCCGCAGCCUAAUGUCCCGUCGCGAUCGGUUCGCGGCUAAUGAAACGUUUGUUUUGUUAGGUCAUCUCUGUCAGUUGAUCGAAAACGAAAAUGCGUCACGUUCGGUGGAAAUCAAAUUAUGAGCGCUACGCUACCGCUUAUAGUAGAUAACGAUAAUAAUAACUAAUAGGAAAGUUGUGUUUCAUGUGUCAGUGACAAGUGUGAGGAUUGUGUUCCUAUCGGGUGUGUGGAUUAUACACGUGACUGUGGAUGGGGACAGGAGUGGUGUUGGAAGAUGCAUUUCAAAGAGUCGUUUGCGAUGAGCGAUCGUCCGAACGAGCGCGGCCGCCGCAACUCUCGCUGCAAGGGCGCUGGCGUCAAGAUGGAGCACUUCCAGGCGGCGCUGGAUCCUCGCAAGCAGGAGCUGCUGGAGGCUCGCUUUCUAGGCGCCAAGGUGAACGCAGGGGCGAUACUGGUAAAAAGCCAGCGUGUGUCCGAGUUCAAAGCGAUGUCAGCUGGCUCACAAAUUCAGAUGGCACCACAAACUACUGUCAACACGGGCCAGCCAGUACAUAAUCAGGACUCCAAUAUGAGCACAGGGUCUUCUCACAGUGAUAAGGAAGUGGACGCUUUAACUCCUGAGAAGUCUGCUGCUAUGCGAGGCUCGGCUGCAGUACCUGGUAGUGCACUUGUGCCACCUAGUGGGGCAACCCCAACUAUAGCAAUGCCUGAAAGGAAAAGAAAGCGAAAAGGAGAAGAAGGCGUCGGUGGUGGCGGUGGGGGAGGAGGGAAGCAAAGGCAUAACUCUUCCGACAAAAACAUUAGAGAAUAUUUCUCGAAACACCCAUCGUCCAGUCCUGUACGGCUUACCGGAGCAAAGUCACCAUCACCCCAAGGCGCUAAUUAUCCUAUGUACCCACCGUCACCAUCUUCAAUAUUGCCUUCGGGGGCUGAUUUUUUACGUUCCGCCUCGCAACAGCGACCUCAUACAUCUGUUAAGCAGGUUCAGACAGAAUUAACUUGUCAGAGGAUACAAGAGUUAGAAACUCAAGCGUCGUCUGACUUAGAGCUAAGAAAUAAUAGAAUAGAAGAAUUAACAAGGAGUAAUGAAGAAUUAAAGCAUCAAGUUCAAGCGCAGAGUAAGGCGAUUGAUCAACAUAAAUCACAUAUUAAUAAAUGUAUAGACGUUGUAAAAAAGCUUUUAAAUGAAAAGAGUACUAUUGAAAAGAAGGAGGCUCGACAGAGAUGUAUGCAAAAUAGACUAAGGCUGGGUCAAUUUGUGACACAGAGAGUUGGUGCUACUUUCCAGGAGAAUUGGACUGAUGGUUAUGCAUUUCAAGAACUAACAAGGCGGCAAGAGGAGAUAACCGCGGAGAAGGAGGAGAUCGACAGGCAGAAGAAGAUGCUGAUAAAGAAGCGGCCGUCGAACAGCGAGGGCGGUGGAGGGCGCGGCAAGCGCACCGCCAGUGUGUCCGCGCCCAGCACGCCGCAGCCGCUGCACAACGGCACCGACCCGCCCACCUUCCUCAAGCCCGACCCGCUGCCGAGCAUGACGUGGCAGGAGUACUACGAGGCGGACGAGAUACUCAAGUUAAGGCAGAGUGCACUAAAGAAAGAGGAUGCAGACUUACAAUUGGAAAUGGAAAAGUUGGAACGCGAAAGAAAUCUUCACAUUAGAGAACUGAAACGGAUACACAAUGAAGAUCAGAGUCGCUUCUCACAGCAUCCAGUGCUCUCUGAAAGAUAUCUUUUACUAAUGCUGCUCGGCAAGGGCGGUUUCAGCGAAGUUCACAAGGCGUUUGACCUUCGCGAGCAGCGCUACACCGCGUGCAAAGUGCACCAGCUGAACAAGGACUGGAAGGAGGACAAGAAGGCCAACUAUAUCAAACACGCUCUCCGGGAGUACAACAUACACAAGGCGUUGGAUCACCCGCGGAUCGUCAAGUUAUAUGAUGUGUUCGAAAUUGACGGCAACUCCUUUUGUACUGUGCUCGAAUACUGCAAUGGACAUGAUCUCGACUUUUAUCUUAAGCAGCACAAAACCAUACCAGAACGCGAGGCGCGCUCCAUAGUGAUGCAAGUGGUCUCCGCGCUCAAGUACCUCAACGAGAUCAAGCCGCCGGUGAUACACUACGACCUGAAGCCGGGCAACAUCCUGCUGACGGAGGGCAACGUGUGCGGCGAGAUCAAGAUCACCGACUUUGGCCUGUCCAAGGUGAUGGACGAGGAGAACUACAACCCGGACCACGGCAUGGAUCUCACCAGCCAAGGGGCCGGUACCUAUUGGUAUCUGCCGCCCGAGUGUUUCGUGGUCGGCAAGAACCCACCAAAGAUAAGUAGUAAGGUGGACGUGUGGAGCGUGGGCGUGAUCUUCUACCAGUGUCUGUACGGCAAGAAGCCGUUCGGCCACAACCAGAGUCAGGCCACCAUACUGGAGGAGAACACCAUACUGAAGGCGACCGAGGUGCAGUUCGCUAACAAGCCCUCCGUCAGUAAUGAGGCUAAGAGUUUCAUCCGCGCGUGCCUGGCGUACCGCAAGGAGGAGCGCAUCGACGUGUUCGGGCUGGCGCGGCACGAGUACCUGCAGCCGCCCAUGCCGAAGCCGCGCGGCGCGGUGGGCGCGGGCGCGGCGGCGGCGCAGGCGCAGCAGCCCACGUUCUCGGCCGCCAUGUUCGCGGGCUCGUCCUCCUAGCCGAGACACCGCCGCCGCAGCGCCAAGCGCCCGCCGCGCCCGCCGCGGUAGGCCGCCCGCGCCCUGGCGGCGCCACACGACACUCGUUUACCGAUUCAAUUGUUUAACAUUAUGCUUACUGUUGACUGUAUUUAUUGAGGUGAUAAAAUGUGAUUCUCCAUUUAUGAAUGGUUUCAUCCUUAUCACUAGAGAGGAUCCACGGGACUAUCCCUUGCAUAUUAUAUAAGUUAUCCCUAUUAAAAAGUUAAAAUAUUUA